CAGGAAGUUGGGAGAAUGAAGGUAGAACUCUUUGCGGAUGUGGUUCCCAAGACGGCAGAGAACUUCCGGUAAUAUAAAACACCAAGAGAUUCACCACCUAAACAAAUUUCAUGACUUUCUAGUGCAAAAUCAUGCCUUCAAGUCUAAACUGUCACAUCAAGGCCACAUUCAGUAUGGCAUAAUGUUGUAGAAUAAAUAAAUCCCUUUUGUCUUUUACAGGCAGUUCUGCACAGGGGAAUUCAGGUAAGGGAAUCUCUAUGGACACUAGAGUGGCUGUCUAUUGAUCCCUGUUCCACUUGCUUAUCUACUCGCUGUGAACACCCAACUGUACCCAUAUACUUCUACAGUUACAAGCACAUUCACUGUGUGAGACUGUAGUCAGGAGAGAUUUUAUUGUUCACUUGACACAAGUAUCUAGCAGGUUAAGGUGUUUAUAGCGCCAUCUAUUGGAGCUGUAGACCCCUUUCCACUCCCUUCCCCACACCCAACUCUAGCUAGAACUAGCAUAGUUGACCCUUGAAAAGAGUUCAGUAUUAGAUUAAAAGAAUGUACCUGCAGCCUGUUCAGUGGCCAUGGUGUCCACUUAGUGGAACAGGUGUAUAGAGUGUUGUUUUUCCCCAGUACAUGUGUUAAUUGUGGUAAACGUCCCUUUUCACUUAUUGUUUAGGCUGUUAAGCAGAAGUUAGAAGACAGUAAUCUGGCCAGUUCCUUUGUGUCAGCUCUGCAACCCCUUGUCUAUUCACAGCAGUAAAUAUUACUGUGAUUUGAAAUAACAAAAAUGGAAAUGACGAGUACUUUAUUCGAAAUAUACACUGAGUGUACAGAACAGCUUCCCAUGACAUAGACUGACCACGUAAUUCCAGGUGAAAGCUAUGAUCCCUUAUUGAUGUCACCUGUUAAAUCCCCUUCAAUCAGUGUAGAUGAAGGGGGGGAGAUGGGUUUGAAGAAUGAUUUUUAAGCUUGGAGACAAUUGAGACAUGGAUUGUGUAUGUGUGCCAUUCAGAGGGUGAAUGGGCAAGACAAAAUAUUUAUGUGCCUUUGAAUGGGGUAUGGUAGUAGGUGCCAGGCUCACCGGUUUGAGUGUGUCAAGAACUGCAACGCUGCUGGGUUUUUCAUGCUAAACAGUUUCAAGAAUAGUCCACCAUCUAAAGGACAUCCAGAAAACUUGACACAACUGUACUCCUGAGUGGCGCAGUGGUCUAAGGCACUGCAUCGCAGUGCUAACUGUGCCACUAGAGAUCCUGGUUCGAAUCCAGGCUCUGUCGCAGCCGGCCGCGACCGGGAGACUCAUGGGCGGCGCACAAUUGGCCCAGCGUCGUCCAGGGUAGGGGAGGGAAUGGCCGGCAGGGAUGUAGCUCAGUUGAUAGAGCAUGGCGUUUGCAACGCCAGGGUUGUGGGUUCGUUUCCCACGGGGGGCCAGUAUAAAAAAAAUAUGUAUUCACUAACUGUAAGUUGCUCUGGAUAAGAGCGUCUGCUAAAUGACUAAAAUGUAAAUGUAACUGUGGGGAACAUUGGAGUCAACAUGGGCCAGCAUCCGUGUGGAAUGCUUUCGACACCUUGUAGAGUCCAUGCCCCGACGAAUUGAGGCUGUUCUGAUGGCAAAAGAGGGGGUGUAACUCAAUAUUAGGAAGGUGUUCUUAAUGUUUUGUACACUCAAUCUAUUUUGAAACUCAAACCUGUUUGAAAAUGUAUCUUGUAAUCUGCUAUGACACUGUCACAAAUAUAGGCCUAAAGAAAAUCCUACAUGGUAAUAUUACUCUAGGGCAGCCAUGCUCAACAGGCAGACUGCUGUCUGGAUCCGGACCCAGACCGGGAUCAAUAGGGACCACCACAGGUCCCUACAAAAAAAUUUAACAAUAAAAAAUUGAUCAAGUAGCCCAUGUUAGGUAAAUUAGGCUAACAUACCUAGCUAUCUAAAUAUUGUAGGCUAGUUAGCAUGGCCAGAUUACGUGCCUUGGGCCCUCGACCACCAGGGGGCCCACAAUUUUAUUUUGUUGAGUCACUCGGGUAUUAUAUGAACACAUAUGAGACAUGGCAAAAUGUGUAGAAAUGAGCUUUAAAACUGCUAAAAUUCUACGCCAACAAGAUACAUUUGAACAGUAUGGGGUUGCAAGGUUGGGUUUGUUACUACGCUGUUAAAUGAGAAUAUCCAUUUGGACUUUUGCCAUCUGAAAUUUGUGUGACUGGACCUUCUCAAAUAGUACAUGAAAGUUGAGUACCCCUACUAUAGGGUAAAAAUUAUCAAAAAGUUUAUUAAAUUAUAUAUUUUUUUCCUACCAAUGUACUACACAUUUUCAAAGUGAAAGACAUUAUAGAAAUGUUUCCUAAUUAAUAAUAAAUAAUCAAGACAUCUUUGUUAUUUAUUAUUAAUUAGGUCUUCAAACCCCAGAGUUAAUACUUGGUAGAAUCUCCUUUGGCAGCCGUUACAGCUGUGAGUCAUUGAUGAACAGCAAUUUUCAAACCUUGCCUCUGAUUUUCAAGCAGAUUUAAGUCAGGACUGAGACUGGGCCAUUCAGUAACACUCAACACCUAUUGGAAAUCUAUUCUGUUGUGUCUUUGGCAUAAAAAUGUGUGUAAUUGUCCCACUGAAAAAUAACUAUCUGAGGGUUAGGUAUUCAGAAGACUGAGACUUAUCAGGGCUUUGCUCCUUUCAUAUUUAUUUUGAUCCUGACAAACUCCCCAGUCCCUGCUGGUGACAAGCAUACGCAUAACAUGAUGCUGCCACCACAAUACUUGAAAAUACAGAUGAUCAACAACAUUGCAUUCACGCCACAUUACUGGCCUUUAUGUCAAAGUGAAAAGAAAAAAAUCAUCAUUGAUUUAAUCUGUAGCCUAAUAAACUGCAUGCUUUCCCAAGUCGUAGUGGGAGGACCACACAACAUAUCAUCACGUGACUCCAUAUUAUAUCAAUAUUUUAGCAUAAAGGCGUUUCCACCGCCAUUUCUUGCGUAAUGAAUUUUACAGACACAAAGUUGCCGCCAUGUCGAACGAACAAAUUGUCUGUCGACAUUUAUGAAAUUGUACCAACGUUUCCUGUUUGCAUCAGCCCGGCCGUUACUUUUUUUUAUGCGACAGGUAAUUCAUCCACAUGAAAUGGUUGGAUGAAAACCUGGUUCCUGAGAGUUUUAUUUUUCAGCAGGACAAUUAAUACAUUUGAAUGCCUAAGACACCAGAAUGGCUUUCCGAGAGGUGUUGAGUGUUUCUGAGUGGUCGAGUCUGUCCUUAUUUAAAUUUGCUUGAAAAUCUGAGACAAGGUUUGAAUAUUGCUGUCCAUCAAUGAUUCCCAACCAAAUGUACUGUUUGACCAAUUUUGACAAAUACAAUGGUAAAAUGUUGUCCUCAGAGUUAUCCCAAGAUGGUGAAAUCUUAGUCAAAAUGAUUCACAGCUGUAAUGGCUGCCAAAGGUGCUUCCACCUAGUAUUAACUCUGGGGUGUGAAGACAUACGCAAUUAAGAUAUCUUAGUUUAAGAUAUCUUAGUUUGUAUUAUUUAGCAACAUUUUCAUUUUGAAAAUUUGCAGUAGGAAAAAAAACAACAUUUAUUUUCUUUUGGGAUUUAAUUUUAAGGCAGCAAAAUGUGUAGACUGUGCAAGGGCUGCGUAGACUCACUAACGACUGUAUAUUUCCCUGUUAACAAUAAGGGUAUAUGUCUGGUUUGUGAAACUUAAUGUUUAUUACUUUCAUGUGAAUGCGCUAUCUUUAACUACCUAGCGCUGACUGGGGAGGUGUAAAAUGAGCUCCAACUUCAACACAUCUUCUUCAGGAAAUCUAGCGCUUUAGUUGUAGUAGACUAGCCUAUUCCUUUAACGUUAGAGGCUUUCUGUAUACUCUGGUGACUUGUAUAUCAAUACAGCAAAGGAGCCAGUACCAUGCUAAUUUAUCUGUACAAACUCUCUCCUACAGAAAGGACGGUGUCCCUAUCGGAUUUAAAGGCUGCACAUUCCACAGGUAUGGUUGAGUGGGAUGAUGUUACUUUACAUAUAUUUUUGAUGUGACAUCAAAUCACUAUGAUGGAUAUUGUGAUAGGCUAGUCAUUGUUUCUUACAAGCAACAACAUGCAUAUAAAAUAAAUAUUGAAUCCAUAAAACCUAUAUCUUGAUGGGGUGUUUAGUGUCUUUGUGUUGGUAAUGCUUUUCUAUUCUAGCACAUUCUCUCAUGUUAUGAUUUGGUAAGAUAUAAUAUGAAUAUUUUUGUAUAAUUUGAUUGUUAGAUAAAAAGCUCCUCAGUCUAUUGCCAGUUUUUUAAGGUUUUUUAUUGCCUCAUCUACUAGGGUGAUAAAGGACUUCAUGAUCCAAGGCGGGGACUUUGUAAAUGUAAGUCAAUUCACUGCUCUUUAUUGUUUCUGAUUUGUUCUUUUUGAAUUCCAGCCAAACCGUUUGUUUAUUCUCCAUACUGUAAACUACAAAGAACUUUAUGAUUUAUUAGAUUUCAGUGUAACCAAUGUUUCAUCGUAGCUCAUGCCCAGGUGUCAGCAACUUUUACUUACCAUAUAUUUGGCCCAUAUAAUCUAGCACUAGAUCUUCUGUAAAUCCAUCUGAUUCUAGUUAGGUGUACUCUGUUUCGGUAAUAACAUAUUUAUUUACCAUUUAUUUGUAAUUCCUUGCAUUGAGAUUGCACUUUAAUUUGUUAUUUGUUUAACCAGAAUAUGCACUUUCAAUAAAUUGCUUGAUGACUUACCCAUAGUCAAUACGUGUUUGUUUACAGUGAAACCGUUGCCCCAUCUACCCAUGUCGUAGACAGUGCUCACGUGGUCAGUCCUCUCCCAAGGGGCUGGUUGAGUCAGCUCAAUUCAUGGGGCUAGUUGAACCUUUUCAUCUUUCUCGCUCUAGUGGACAUGUUUCUGAACUACAGCUGAGUUUUGUGACUUACUUCAGAGAUGCUCAAAUCUGAGGCUGGAGCACGGUUUUCUUUUUCACUCCAGUCAAUUUGUUGAUACAUGUCACUGAUCGGCCAUUACAACCUUUGGUUUGCUAGGUCUAAAUCAAAAAUGAAAAUGAACAGUACAUCACCGAUUAACUCACACUUACAGAUGGGUGUGUUCAGAAGUUACUUUUCGAAAUGCCUGGGCUGUAGCAACGGUACAUCAUGUGACAGUGAAACUCUCACAAGGUGACGCCCAGCGUCAAGUUUGUUUGCAAUCAUCUAACAGUUGCCUGUAAUGAAAUACGUGGGUUGCUGUUUCUGAACUUUACCCCUGACAAUGCAGUUAUAACUACUUCUUUGCAGCAUUUCCAACACCUCCUUUGGGCCGCCAUUCCUUCCAGUUCUCUGCUGCCAAUGACUGGAACAAAUUGCAAAAAUCUCUGAAGCUGGAGACACUUAUCUCCCUCACUAACUUUAAGCAUCAGUUGUCAGAGCACCUUACCGAUCACUGCACCUGUACACAGCCCAUCUGAAAUUAGCCCGCCCAACUACCUCAUCCCUAUAUUGUUAUUUAUUUUGCUCAUUUGUACCCCAGUAUCUCUAUUUGCACAUAAUCUCUUGCACAUCUAUCAUUCCAGUGUUAAUACUAAUUGUAAUUAUUUUGCACUAUAGCCUAUUUAUUGCCUUACCUCCAUAACUUGCUACAUUUGCACACACUGUAUAUAUAUGUAUUUCUGUUGUAUUUUUGACUUUGUUUUGUUUUACCCCAUAUGUAACUCUGUGUUGUUGUUUUUAUUGCACUGCUUUGCUUUAUCUUGGCCAGGUCGCAGUUGUAAAUGAGAACUUGUUCUCAACUGGUUUACCUGGUUAAAUAAAGGUGAAAUAAAUAAAAUAAAAUGUUCUUCAUCUGCAUUGCAGUGCAGGUAAACGUUUUAAUGAACCCAACUGUAAUAGUGUGCUUCAGAGUUUGAAGCUGCAAAUGUCUGCUACUCGAUAACAGUCAAUUAAAUGUGGUGCAAAAUAUGUAACGGGCCGGGGGCAUAUCGCUCUCUGCGGCUCUGGACUCUGUUUUAAAUUAGCAUUACGGUCUACUUCUAAUUUGUCGUCCUUUGUUUCCCUUGACCCUGUGGUGCAUCUGUAGGGCGAUGGUACAGGUAUCUGCAGCAUCUACAGAGGACCAUUUGCAGAUGAAAACUUUAGAAUGAAGCACUCUGCCCCUGGCCUCCUGUCCAUGGUACAUACAUUUUAGACAAAAAAAUCACACGUAUACACACACUGCUGUUCAUACACACGUGCUCCAUUGGGGACAUUAAACAUUGAUAUGAAUAGACAUUGAUUAUAACUGAUGUUAUUGGUCGAUUGUAGCUGAAGCAUCGAGUAAUAACCCUCCAAUCCGUCCUCUGCAGGCAAACAGUGGCCCCGGCACAAAUGGCUGUCAGUUUUUCAUUACCUGUACGAAAUGUGACUGGCUAGAUGGAAAGCAUGUGGUCUUCGGUGAGUAUUACUAUAUUGUGGAUUACAAAGGAUAAGAUUAGCUGUUUGUGUAUUUGGCUCAUGACAUAUUUUAUUUCAACAUUUCAGGGAAAGUGGUCGACGGCUUGCUCGUCAUGAGAAAAAUUGAGGUAAGAAGCUCUUCAUUUGAUAAGGCUUUGGGAAUUUAUGUGCCUAGGGCAAGAUAUAAUGAUGAUUCACAACAAUGAUCAAACUUUAAGGGCCGGUGAGUUUCAUGGAAGUAGAAGCAGGGAAUACUGUUCUUAGUUAAGCCAGAUUUAGAAAUGUGAUUUCAGAGCCAUGUUUUAACCUUGGAUGACAUAGUAUUGGAUUAUUGAGUCCUUGACUGUGCUAGAGAAUAACAAGGCUAAUUUGUCAUCUGAAUUAUUCGCUUAGUUAGAUGUUAACAACAUUGGGGCUGUUUUCUCGACACAGAUUAAGCCUAGUCCUGGACUACAAAGAAUUCUCCAUUGAGUUUGCUUUUUAGUCCAGGACUAGGCUUAAAGGGCAACUGAACGCAAACACCAAUUUAUCUGAAAAUGGCCUAUGUGGCAUUGAUAUUAGUCCGAAAAAUUUAUUCCAGUGCCAAAAUGGACUAAAAAUUGUAAGUAGGAUCAUUUUGGUCAUAGUCAGUAUACUCCAAAACAUAGUUUUGUGAAGUUUGUGUAAUCAAGGUCGUCACGAUUUACAUGAGGGUUGGGUUUGGAUGACAAUCAUGCCCACUAACAUGGGAUUGUAACACCUAGGGAGAAUUGUCAUGCACAGAGAAACAGCUUCGCUCACAUGAUUUGCUAUGAAACACUGCCAGACAGACGCAUACUCUGGUAAUAGAUCGUGAGAAAGUUGUAAAAACUAAACGGCACCGAAGCACACGUUGCCACUCGCCAGUGACUUGAUAAACUGAUUUAGCUAACGUGGCCUGCUGGUCAAUGUGCCUGCUAUCUACUACUAGCUAGCUUCAUUGACAAACACUGAGAUGUAACUUUGCUAGUUAGCUAGUGAUUUUGGGCACUGAUACACAGCGUGUAGCAGCUUGUGCUUUAUUUACGAUAGUUUGACAGCUUGCUGCUGAUUUUAAGUUGUAGACAUGUUCUCCGAAAUCAGUCCUGAGUGCAGCUAGCAGCAGCUGACUCGAACUGUCAGCAGUGCAGUGACUUUUUUUAUGCAAAUGUUUUUAACUUGAGAAAUACUGCACCAAACACCUUAGCUAGAUAUGAAAUUGUGUGACUAAGACCUCUGCAAAAACGUCAAAAUUACAGAUUUCAUGAUUUAUCAUAGAUUAAUUCGGACUAUUUUGAGGAAGUGGUAGUGACUAUGUUGUUGCUACCGUGCCUCAAGAAUGUAAAAAAAAAAACUGUAACUGCCAGGGUACUAUAAAGCGAACGUACCAUAUCCCCAUACACAUCUGGUUGAAAAAUAAAUCUCAGUUUAACCUCAAACCACUUCUACACAUCAGAGUACACACUGUUUAGACAUGAGAAGUAUCUGUCGCCGGUCCUAAGCUGUUUGCAACAACCAUCUGAUUGAUAUACGUCAGAAUUCAUUGUAUACACUACGUCAAUUGCUGGUCGUAGAAUCACAACCCUAAUUUGGUCUCCAACAAAUGUCGUAGUGUAGAAAUGACUGUACCAUUUUAGAAUGUUAUAUUGAACGUUAUCUGGACUCCUCUUUCCCACAGAAUGUUCCUACCGGCCCAAACAACAAGCCCAAGCUUCCCAUCCUCAUAGCUCAGUGUGGUGAAAUGUGACUCAACUUACAGGGCAAGUUAAUUUUUUAGGACAGCCACACAACCUCUUUUUGUACUUGAAUCAGUGUGUUCUUCUCCCAUGUUUGCUCUCAAAAGACAACAACCAAAUUCUGUUUACUUCUGUAAGUUGAGUGGAAGUCAGUCUGUCAGAGUUUGGCACACAAUUAUGAAGUCUCCUAUGAAUAGUAUAGCUAUACAAACUGACAUUGCCAAUAGUUUCACAUUGCGAAUGUAAGAUGUAAGACUGUUUUUCUUGGACAUCAACUAGACUUAAGCCUCAUUACUCCUUACAACAACCAAAAAAAUCAACAACCAAUCGAUACAUUUCCCAUGUGUAAUUCGAUAACUCGCUAGUAAAUGUAUAGAAUACUGUAGCUUACUCAAAUGUUUUCUCAAUGCAUAUCUAUGAAUAACAAUUAUUGGAAAUGCAAUGUUUUGUAUGGAAUCUGUUGCCUUUUUAUAAAUUGAUAAUAUAAAUGUGCUUUUUGGUGCAGCUGUUUUGUUCAGUAGUUGUUCUUAGAAAUGGCAGGUUUUCAACAAUGAUUUGGUAUCCCCCAUCAACAAUUUAUGUGAGUAACAAGACAUUGAGUUUUCUUAUAGCCUAAACAGAAUAGAUUCCACAUAUGGACAAUAUUGAGGUUUAUCAAUGUGUCAGG